AUGGCAAGAGGCCAUGUGCGACUUGUAUCAAAUCUCACACGACAUGCGAAUCCUCCGCAUCCAACUUCAAGUUCAAAGACGCUCGCCGCAAGCGCCAAGGCUUCGACUUCUCCCCAAUUCAGAAGUGGGUUGAUCCUACUCGAACUGGUUGGUGUUGUGUCCCGCCCUCAUGACUCAAUUGAGCAAACCUCGGAGCAGCAGGAACAAGGCCAGAGAGAAAGUUUUGACUCUGAUUCAGUGCACCAAACAUCUACAGACGUGACUCAUCCAGACUCAAAUGACACCAUCUUCAAGCCAACGCCGUCUCCGGUGGUUUCGUCAAGCGGGGACGCACUCGGCAAGCCACACAAGUCCCAUACCGACGAUGCGAGCGAACUUGGAGACCUAGUUACGUCGCCUGGCCAUCCUCUAUCCAAUACAAAAUCCAGCCCACGUCCUGGUAUAACUAGCUCUAUACAUUCCCUAUCGCCAUAUGCAUCUUCCUCCAAGGAGUCACAUUAUCUGACACCCCGACCACAUGCAUCGUUUCCCCCUGAAAGGAGCCAGUACCCACUCGGUCCUUUGAAAGGCCUUCCUGAGUACAACACUGAAGAUGCAUAUACUAAUUUAGAAGAAGCAUGCUUGAUGCGUCAUUUUACCGAGAACCUUUCCUAUUGGUUCGACACGUGUGAUCGCGAUCGUCACUUCCAGCUAAAUGUACCAGAAAGAGCAUUAUUCUGCCCUGUCUUGCGAUUUGCAGUGUACACUGCCUCGGCUGGACAUUUGACGCGACUAGCGGCGUAUCGAGAUGAUUCGGAUUGCGUUGUCUUCGGGGGGAUCAGACUUCAUGGACUUACAUCUGACUCUGCCGUGCGCUAUCACGACACUUGUAUCUCUUAUCUUAUUGAGUUGUCAAACAAUCCCAAUGAACAAUACAACGAGGACGUUCUCACCGCGGCUACUAUUCUGAGAUUUUAUGAGCAGAUCGAUGCACCUUCUUUGGGAAUUGACUCCGAAGCAUACCUCAACACUGUUCAAUUUAUCGUUCAUACUCAGCAUGAUGACUCAUUCUAUGCCUACAAUACCAUCCAUGGGCCUCCCAGGGAUCAGGACCUCCAGGUAAUUCCCUCUGCGUCGUUGCGACACUCAGCCUGCUUGAUUGCGCUGCGGCAAGAAAUUUGGGGUGCUUUUCUGAACCAACGUACCUUCCGUCUUCCUUUGUGUCCAGACAACGAUUAUACAGUCUUUACCUCUGCAGGAGAUUUCUCUUGGACGAACCGAAUCCUCGUCUGGUGUGCCGAUCUUCUGAAAUUUUGCUUUGGAGAGGGAAAAGCAAUGACUCCCCAAAUGCAACUGGAAAGGUGGACUGUUCUCAAAUGA